AUGGGAUGGAAAGAUAGGAAAAGUAUUACCAGGAAAGGCUGGAGGGAGAGGGAAAAGAAGCACAUGAUGGGAUGGAAAGAUAGGAAAAGUAUUACCAGGAAAGGCUGGAGGGAGAGGGAAAAGAAGCACAUGAUGGGAUGGAAAGAUAGGAAAAGUAUUACCAGGAAAGGCUGGAGGGAGAGGGAAAAGAAGCACAUGAUGGGAUGGAAAGAUAGGAAAAGUAUUACCAGGAAAGGCUGGAGGGAGAGGGAAAAGAAGCACAAGAAAGGCUGGAAAGAGAGGAAAAGAAUCGUCAAGAAAGGCUGGAGAGAGAGGAAAAGUAUUGACAGGAAAGGCCGGAGGGAGAGGGCAAGGAAACACCAGAAAGGCUGGAAAGAGAGGAAAAGAAUCGUCAAGAAAAGCUGGAGAGAGAGGAAAAGUAAUUAUAGGAAAGGGUGGAGAAUGAGGGAAAGGAACCACAAGAAAGACUGGAGAGAGAGGAAAAGUACUGGCAGGAAAAGGUGGAGAGAGAGAGAAAGGGACCACAAGAAAGACUGGAGAGAGAGGAAAAGUAAUGACAGGAAAGGCUGGAGAGAGAAGAAAAGUAUUGACAGCAAAGGUUGGAGAGAGAAAGAAAGGGACACAAGAAAGAGAGGAACGACAGGGAAGGUUUGUGGAACAGAGACUGGCAUCACAGCAUGA